AGAAAAAUAUAUAAGAGGCAAGUGCAGGAGAGCCUGCAGUCUCGCUCUUGAGAAACGGUGUGUGCUACGCUGACAACAUGAAGGCUCUGCUGACCCUCGUGUUUUGCCUCCUACCCCUGGCUGCUCAGGGGAAAGUCUAUGAAAGGUGUGAGCUGGCAGCAGCUAUGAAGCGACUUGGACUGGACAAAUACCGGGGAUACAGCCUGGGAAACUGGGUGUGUGCAGCAAAAUAUGAGAGCAACUUCAACACGCAGGCUACAAACCGUAACACUGAUGGAAGCACUGACUACGGAAUUUUACAGAUCAACAGCCGCUGGUGGUGCGAUGACGGCAAGACCCCGAGGGCCAAGAACCUGUGCGGUAUCCCAUGCUCAGCACUACUGAGAUCAGACAUAACACAAACUGUGAAGUGUGCAAAGAAGAUUGUCAGCGACGGAAAUGGCAUGAACGCAUGGGUCGCGUGGCGCAAGCGGUGCAAAGGAACAGAUGUCUCCCAGUGGAUCAGAGGCUGCAGGCUAUGAGGCGCAGGUGCUCAGUGGAGCCCAUUCUCAACAGCCGGCACACCGAGCAAACUGGUUCUUCAAGGUGCUUGUUACGUGAUCCAAACAAAAUUCAGCCUUACUGCAAGGCAGCUCAUUUGUGAAGCCGAUGCUUUACUCCUUGCUGAUAAAAGGGGUUCGUUUCCACCCACCCGCCCCGUUUGCGCCCGAUGCAGCUAAAACUACCAGCUGCUGGUUUUGCUGUAUGUAGGCACGAGCAGGAACCCAAUCUAACCGAAAUCUCACCGCUAGGUUUUGCUGCUGCAUACUAGCAUGAUGUUACUUGCUUGGCAGUUUUAAGUGCAUUCAUCAUUAAAAAAUAUCUGCAAAUGGC